AUGUCGAGCACGAUUGUGCCAAAGCAGUACUACGCAUUGGUCGAUGAUGUGAAACGUAUUUCAAAGAUUACCUGGAAUGCCUUCACCAUGCGUGUUCUCCUUGAUUGCCUUCGCAUAGUGAAGAAAGGCAAACACCUCCGCCAAUGGCCAAAAGGCAAUUUGGCUCUCUUGCAGGUGCAACCGGUCGAAGGCGAAUGCGCCUAUAAUCCCAACUCGUCCAUACAACCUCUGAUGAGGAACUGGACCGAAGGUGCAGCCACUAGGAGAGAUCGGUUCGACUAUGACAAUGGGCGCGGCCGUGGUAACGUCAGGAUCGAAAAUAAUAUCACCCAGGAGUAUAGGGCUCAGGAGCCCAACAUCCCAAAUAAUGCGCCUACCAUGAAGCCAAAAACCAAGCCUGCAAAUGAAAACGCAAAGAAGUCGACGACAGCCCCAAUGUCGGAAGAUUUGAUGGAGCUUCUAAUGAAGCGGUGCAUGGACUUCAUACACACCCAGAUGAGGCAAAUCCCUGACCAAAGGUUGUUGGAGAAGUUGAACAAAUCAGGUGUCAUGUACAAGCCGGCUGCUGCCGUGCCAUCCGUGGACAAUGAUGUGGACGAAGAACUGGAUUCGUUUGAGAACGGUCCAUAUGAAAAGAAGGAAUUCGUGUACAAGGAUGACAUAGACUCACGCGGAGAGCCUGUCAUUGACAUGACGCAGCAUGAUGAAGUGGUUCCCAACCAUAAAACCGUACCUGAGAAAACCCCACCGAAGAUGAAUGGACACAAGGAAGCUUCACCUAUUAGGCGUAAUGAUGAAUGUGGCGCUACACCCGAAAAACCUUGGGUCGUUGGUACUUCUACUCAAGCACCUUCAUCGGACAUAGACAUUUGUCCAUCUUCUGUCAGCAAGUUCAUGGCUAAGGCGAAUGGAAAAAAGGGUGCAACAAUCGAUAAGGAUGAGGAAGUUAUGUCCGCUCUGUUUUCUGAAAAUCAUGAGCCGGAGGUUGUGGCAGAUGAGUUGACGCCGGAAAUAAUUGAUGCAGCUGUUUCAUUUGUCGAGUUAGCUGCUAGCACCGAGAAGAAUAAGGGGAAGAAAGUUUACUACAGUGAAGGGUGUGGCAUAUCUCUGACGUCCGAAAGGAUUCGACCGGUUAUUGAUGCUUAUAUGGGACAUUUGGAGCUGCGCGUUGGUCAUGAUCGUUACCUCUGUCCAGCGUGGACGUCCAAAUUCCUUGUAGAUCGUGCUAUCGCACGAGACGAUCCAUUGCCGUCGAGCUGCAACAUGGAUGGUGCUCUGUCCAAAGCUGGAGCAGUUAAUAGAGUCACGAAAGAGUAUACUAUGCGUGAUAAGACGUAUAUCGCGUUGAAUAUCGACAAUGCCCACUUGAUGACCGUGGUCAUGCACAUGAUCAAGCAAGAAUUCCAAGUUCUCGAUUCGCUCUAUCCUCUGGACCUGACAGAAAAGACUGUGAAAGCACUUCGAAUGGCUAUAGCACACGAUAUGCACCUAGAAAAUCUUAUUACACCAGGAAAUAUCCGGACAAUGUCUAGAACAUUGGGACGGGGACCGAAUGACCCGCCAUUUUUCGCAGGCCACCGUUGA